AUGAAUUAAGGCUCUUAUGGCUAUUAUUUAGGGUCUAUAUAAACAGCCGUUAGGAUGAUAUAAUAUAAUCAAAAUGAUAAUAAUAUAAUUAUUUACUAAUAUACCGAAAUAAAUCAACUUUAAGCAAGUCACGUGGCUGAAGUCUCUAUCAAAAGGAAUCAAAAGUCAAGCUGUUUUUUUGGUAGUAAAUUAGAAUUGAAACAACCUCCCUAUGUAAUUAAGUGGGAUUUAGAAAAACUUGGUUGAAAUUCAUUCUAUGGAAGUUAUAGUGGCUAUUGUAAAUCAAUUUUAGAAAUAAGUAUUAACAAUUGACUAGAAUCUGUAAUAUAAUUUCUUGAAUAAAUAUAACAACUCUAUAUUGAACUUUGUUUGAUCUUCAUUU